GAAGUCCUUCUUUGACCAAGAUCCGAAGCCGAAGCAAUUCAAGGGCCAAUGGCAGCACCGUCCCCGCAACGCUGCCGGCUUCUCACACCAGAAUAAUCACAACGCCCCUCCACCACCACGCCGGGUCGUGACUGGACCACCCAUUAUGCCCUCGGUGCACACACGGACGAAGCUGAAGGCUUUCCAAUUUAUUGAAGGAGCGCCGGUUGUAGAGGACAUGAACGAACGCGAAGCAGAGAAGGAGAAUAUGCCUAUGGCGUCACAAACAAAAGAGACGUCCAAGGUCGUGGAAGGCGUUCGGAAUGUCCAGAAGCCUUCCGAGACACCAAACCUCGCCCAGUCGAAGAAACCCCCUCCUCCCUCGACGCCAGCUACAAGACUUCCUUUGGCCGAUUUGGUUGGAAAUGUGGACGACUCUUCAAGACAUAUAGCGAAGCCCAUCGUCUCUCCGGAAGAGCAACUAUGUUGGCGAGGAUCUCAACCCGUAAACACACCGCUGCCUCGCAAAGGGAGGAAGCGAGCGAGGAGCUCCUCUCCAGCGGCACCAUCGCAAGAAGAACCCAGGCAGGACUCGGUCAGGAAAGAGUUGACAACGCCUCAGGCGGAUCCCGCAAUGGAACUGUGGAACCGGUACACAAACAACAAGGGCACGCCGAGCGCGAACAAGAGCGUCGCGUUUGCGCAUCUCAUCAACGAAUCUUCACCGCGGUCGUCCGCAACCGCCGGGAGUGUCAGUGGGCUAAGGAGGUGGGCUAGCUGUGGAGUCGAAUUCCCAGCCUCGACUAAGAAGAAGAGGAGGAUCCACGCAGUCUUGGGUGCCGACAAAGGGCGCACGGAAGAUGUUUUCAAUGCUCCCAGUUCCGAUGGAGUGUUCCAAGGCCAACAACCCGCAGAGACUUCCAAGCUGGCUGGCAUGCUUCAGAGAAUGCGCGAGUCGAUAUCAAAGCCGCAGUCAAGAAUCUCCUCUCAGAUACCGUCCAGCUCGUCCCCAUUGCCGGAGCCCGAGCGCCAUAUUCCUCCGGCCGAGUCUCCCCUGCAACGACGCGGUCGUGAUGAGGACCAGCAUGCCGAGACCUCCGAGACAGUGGGAGGAGCCUUCGGCGGUGCGAAUGAAGACGAGGCGAUGGACGAAGCGCGGAGAUCUUCAGGGUCUUCCGACGAGUUUGGCGACGCCGACUUCGAUAGUGAGAUGGUGGAUGCGCUGGAGAUAUCUAAUAAGCCUCCCGAACCGGUUGAGAACCGCGUAUCCGUACCCACAGAGCCCGUAGAUCCCGGCCCGGAUCCAUCUCCCCGUGUUUCAAUGCCGGCGCCGGUACCUGCAAACGAUGCGGAUAGCGAUGAUGAGUUUGGGCUAGACGACGAGGACAUCUUUGCCGCAGAUCUGGAGAAGGUUGCCUCGCUCUACGACAAUAGGCCAGAAGAGUCGCCGCAGGAUAAUGAGGCUGCAGCAGACGCCGUGGCCGGGGACGCUCUGGCGACGAACACAGCGCCUGCUCCUCCGGUCAUCAAUUUAGUCGAUGACGAUUCUGAUGAUUUUGGCGAUGAUAUUGAUACUGAUGUAUUUGCUGCGGCUGAGGUUGCAGCAACGCAAGCGCCUGCCACGACUUCAACAGGAUGCCAGAGCUAUCCAGCGCUAUCUCAUCAAGCGAGUAGAUGAAGGAUCCUACACCACUGAGCUAGGGCACAAGAUGCCCGAAAAGAAGAGAAAACAAAGCUCUUCAAAGCCAUCACCCUCCGGCAAGCUUGG